CACGAACAUUUACUAUCAAUUCUCAAUUUUACGAACAAAUAUACGGCGGUGUUGGACAAAUAGCUUACUUGUGGAAUCGUGAACAUGUUGGGAAUUGUAGUGGCGGUUCUAGUGUUGUGUUCUGUGGCCGCUGUGCCGUAUCCAGAGUUUGAGACCAAAUCGUACAAGAUUGGCAUUGAAUAUGAACAUUCCCUACCGAUGAGUGCUGGCGCGGACCGCUUCAGACACAGAAACAAUUACGAUCCAUUCUUCAUUACAGUCACAGCCCGAGCUAAAAAAGGCUACGUUUUAGACUACCUAGAGGUCGACGUGACAGCGGACCUAGGGGCGGAAAUAGACUUCUGUCUGACAUACGGGCGGGUCGGCGGCCAAUCAAUGGUCUUCCAGAUCUCAGCCAAUCAGAGCGACUUCAUCAACUACACUUACAGAGCGUACGGCAUCAGAGAAGCAGACUUUGACAAGGUGAAUGGGGCCAGUUUGGGGUCUCUGUGUUAGUUGAUUACGAAUGUGAUAAUAUUGCCAAUGCCUGCUGGUGGACCGAAGCUACGAAUUCAUACAAGUUCAUUUAUAUUUUUAUUAAUUUUACCUUUAUUAAGAUACUAUAUUUUGUAAUAGGUACAAUAAUAAAUUUCAUAAUUAUAGA